ACGUGGUGAGAGAGCACGUGUGUUUGUUGAUCCAUGGUUGAUGCUUGAUUUCGGACCGGAGGAAUGUCUGCUCAAGUCUCACGUUCUCUAUUACAAUAAAUACAAUUAAGUGUCCGAAUUAUGACAGACGAAACGUUGAGAUCUGUUUCUACGUGCUUUCUAGCCUGUGUUCCUGUCGUCGAAGUGAGGAAAUUGCUGGACGCAGUGCCGAGAGAACUACUCACAGAGGAAUUUCAGGAGCUGUUGAUCGGUUGUACUGUUCUCCACCCGACUGCGGCAGCUUUUCCACCGAGAACAGCGUACGUCAGGAACUUUCUGAAGUGCCUCAUUAACAAGCUUGAUGCGGACAACAUCGAAAUCGCCGACAGCCUUUACGUUCACUUCGCAGGGAAGCUCGGCAGCGUAAGCGGUGAAGAAGACGUACCUGGCUUUGUCACCUACACCAUUGAUGAUCGCACAACGGUCACGUUAAAAGAGCAUACUGCCGUUGUAAUAAACGGAACGACAGGGCUCAGAACGUGGCAGGCAUCAAAGUUCCUGUCAGAAUGGUGCCUUGAAAAUAGGCAUCUCUUGCGCAGCAAGCGCAUUGUAGAACUGGGAUGUGGAGUUGGAUUGACUGGCAUGGUCGUCUGCAAGACAUGUGGCCCUCUGUCUUACACGUUUACUGACGGUCACAAGGCUGUACUUCAGUCAGUGGAGGAGAACCUCAGGCUCAACAGUGUCACAGAGUGCCACACAAGAGUCGAAAUGCUUCAUUGGGGUGACCAUGAAAACUUCAGGGAGCAUUGCACUGCUGACGUAAUCCUUGGAGCUGAUUUGGUGUUUGACCCAGCAGUUGUGCCAGCCCUCGUUGCAACUCUUGCCGCACUGCUGGCACAUGGCGGUACGGCGUACAUUGCAUCGACUGUCCGCAAUCUUGAAACUCGUGCAUUGUUCCUCAGUAAAUUAGCAGAUGAGGCAUCGCUGCAGUGUGAGCCAUGUACAGCUCCGCGAGAGAAGAUUUUCUUCUAUGAUCGCUCAUGUCCAGUAGAAAUAGACAAGGUCACAGCAUGCCCUAGGUGACAGAAAUAUAAAUACCAUAUUAAAUGACACAUUUUUCGACCAGGCACUGCA